AUGCGGUUCACGAAGCCGUCUUGGCUGAUACACGGCGGAGAGAAGAAAGACCACGAGGUUUAUAGCUGCAACGUGUCGCCGGACGGAUCACGUCUGGCUACUGCGGCUGGUGAUGGUCAUGUUCGCAUAUGGUCUACCGACGCCAUUCUCAAUGCAUCAAAUCCUUCCUACACCAAACCCAAGCAGCUUGCCAGCUUGUCAUAUCACUCUGGCACUGUUCACUCAGUGCGCUUUAGUCCGAACGGAAAGUACCUCGCAUCUGGCGCCGACGACAAGAUAGUAUGUGUCUACACACUGGAUCCGGGACCGCCUGCGCACGCAACUUUUGGAAGCAACGAGACACCGCCGGCGGAGAAUUGGAGGAUCUUCCGGAGGCUGAUUGGACACGACAAUGAUGUACAAGAUUUGGGUUGGAGCUGUGACAGUUCAAUACUGGUGUCAGUCGGGCUGGACAGCAAGGUCGUAGUGUGGUCAGGAAGCACAUUCGAACGUUUGAAAACAUUAUUGCAUCACCAAUCACACGUGAAAGGCAUUACUUUCGAUCCUGCCAACAAGUACUUUGCGACGGCGAGCGACGACCGCAGCAUUCGGGUAUAUCGAUUCACUUCACCGUCAGCAAAUGCAACAGCACAUGACCAGACCAGCAAUUUCAUGUUAGAAACUACGAUCAGUGGACCUUUCGACGCUUCUCCGCUCACAACGUACUUCAGGCGGUGCUCCUGGAGUCCUGAAGGGGCGCAUAUUGCAGCAGCAAAUGCGGUCAAUGGCCCUGUCAGCUCAGUCGCAAUCAUUGCUCGUGGAAGCUGGACCAGCGAGAUCAAUCUCAUCGGUCACGAAGGGCCUGUUGAAGUCUGUGCAUUUUCUCCUCGACUUUUUUGCAGCCAGCCGACGCCUGCAAACAUAGACCCGCAGACAUAUGUGUCACCGCACACACAAACGAUCAUUGCAUGCGCCGGACAAGACAAGACGAUCAGCGUUUGGAAUACUAGUUAUACCCGACCGUAUGUGACGACUUCAGAGACGUGCGCAAAAGCUAUCAGCGAUCUAACAUGGAGUCCCGACGGCGAGACUUUGUACUUCACCUCAUUAGAUGGAUCCAUAGGAGCUCUUGUCUUUGAUAAGGGCGAGCUGGGGUUUCCUGCACCGUCGAUAGAAUACGACAAGCAAUUAUCAAAAUUCGGAGCCGGACGUAGGGUAGGCAUCGUGGAAAACACAGACGCCUUAUUGCUGGAAGAAGGAAGUAAGGCUGGUGAGCUCAGGGGCGUCGAAGGUCGCAUGGGCGAGCUGAUGGGAGACGGCCCCGCGCCCGAUGGUAUCUUUGUGAAUGGUGACACGCCUAUGGUGGACACCACGGCAACAGAGACAGCAAAAGAUAAGUCGAAAGAAGCAGCUCCCGAACCCGUGAUUGCGCCUCCGCCGGCUCUCAAAGAUCCACAGGUCGAGAAGGUCGACAAGCUCAAACAGCGCAUCACUAUUACCAAAGACGGUAAGAAGCGUGUUGCUCCCCUGCUUCUCAGUUCCUCCAACCAAGGCGAAGCGAAUUUGCCCCGCCCACAGCUCCAGCAGGCUGUUCGUUUGGGCACCGGACCCUCUGACGAGCCAGCCAAAAUUCUCGAUGUUAGCAGGCCAUACGAUGGUCUGCCAAAGGGCGGACUGGCCAGUCUCCUGAUCGGUAACAAGCGCAAGUAUGCGGAGGUAGUAGACGCUGGAGACGGUGAAGAGAAACGCCAUGAGACCCGAAUACAGGCCAUUCAGCAGUCCGGGGCAACGCCGGUUGUUAGCAACACUGAGAAUGGCCUGGUGCCUGCCAAUGCUGCAACAGUGUCGAAACGACCAAAUGAUGUACCGGAUGUUCUGCGACCUGCCAUCGUCAAUCCGGCUUUGACUGUUAGCAGCAUCCGCCUUGCGAUUCCCCAGGUCAGAAGUGUCAUACUUCGGCCCCUGGAAGAGGCUGAAGGUAAAGAGACCGCUGAAGGAGACAACGCUGUUGCAUUCGAAGCUCGAAAUGCCACAGGACCAUCCCGGACGGGAAGAGCUGUCGAUCGAGAUCCAACACGCAUCACGCUUACGCGACGCGGCCAGACUCUGUGGCAAGACUUUCUCCCUAAAGCAGUUCUGCUCGUGACAGGAAACUCUAACUUUUGGGCCGCCUCUUGUGAGGACGGCAGUCUGCACGUGUGGACUCCCGCCGGUCGGCGCUUGCUCAGUCCCUGCGUGCUUGAAGCCCAACCUGUCAUUUUGGAUUGUCGAGGAUGGUGGCUUCUAGCAGUAACAGCAGUGGGUCAAUGCUACGUCUGGAAUAUGAAAACAAUGAGUGCACCGCAUCCGCCCGUGAGCCUCGCCCCUGCAUUGGAUUUGGCGGCACAGAGCCAAAUGACUCACGUCACACAUGGACCCAGUGUCAUGUUUGCUCGGUUGAACAGCAUUGGCAAGAUCAUCGUGGGGAUGAGCUCUGGCGAUGGAUUUGCCUACAAUCCCAACAUGUUCGUCUGGCAACGGCUGAGUGAGACUUGGUGGGCAGUCGGUAGCCAGUACUGGAACAGCGUCGGAACGAGCGCACCUGUAUCUACCGCUACAUCGAACAGCGCGAGUAAGUCAUCGACUAACACUGAUCUUGCCGAAGGAAUCCGACCCGAGAAUAUCUCGGCGGGCAUCAUAACAUUCCUCGAACGCAAUACCAACUCUGCCGCGCUCGCCAGAGGACGUGCGUACGCGCUCCAACGGCUUGUCAAGCAGCUUCUUAGUGCAGAGGGCUGGGAAGGUCUGGAAAGCAGCAUCUCAAUGGCGCACCUUGAGAAUCGCCUCGCUGCGGCGCAGACUCUUGGCGCCAAAGACGAGUUCAAGCUAUAUCUUGUUAUGUACGCCAAACGCAUUGGAAGCGAGGGGGCCAAAGCAAAGGUUGAGGAGCUUCUGGCAGGAUUGAUGGGAAGCGCAUUCAGCGAGGACGAUGAGAGCCAACAGCCACGAGGUGAAGAUGCCGAUGGUCCUCCGGGUCCUGGCAAUGGUGUGGAAUGGAGCCCCACAGAGGAAAUCGUUGGAUGGAAACGAACAGAUCUUCUGAGGGAGGUCGUGGUAGUUCUCGGCAAGUUCCGCGACUUGCAGCGAGUCACUGUGCCUUAUGCCCGGCUGUUGGGUUUGGUCGGCGAGCUCGCCGUUCAAGGUCAAGGUGAAACUUCGGGCCCUACAUCUCAGCAAGUCAAUGGCAAUACUAGCAUGGAUACGACCUGA